ACUAACUUUCAACAUAUUUUCAACGUUUCAACGUGCUCAAACUGUUUCACUAUGUCAACAGCACGUCAUAUAAAAAUCGAGCUUGAAAUUCAUGCAAUUACGUGUCCAGGUGUAUGGUUGUGUCAAAACAAUGGAGAUGUUGAAUUGUCGAUAGCAGCCUUAGGGUAUACGUUUUCCGGGAAACCGCAAAAGCCGCGGUUCCCCUUGUGUUACCACGAGAAAUUUACGAUGGAUGGCUACUUUAGUGAUGUGAACAGUGUUGAGGAGCUGGAAAAAGCUUUAAACGACGAACAAAUCAAUUUUACCUUAUGGCAAAAGGGACGAAGGCUUGCAUACUAUUUAAAUAGAAUUGGUGUGAUCUUAAACUACACUGGAUGUAUGAAUAAUAAUUUUGCAACCAUAGACAACGCAAUUAUCAUGACCAAAGGCAGCUGUUUUCCAGGUACCAUUUCGCCGAAAAUAGAAUACACCGCUUCAAUCGAAUUUAACACUAAGUGCAUGCAAUGCAAUCGCAUCGUUCAACAUGGUCAACAGAAACGAAUUGUUAAAAACCUUUACGAAAAUGGUGCUAAUAAAUUAAACUUUCUACACCAGAAACCCGUUUGUCAUGUCCAUGCUAAGCAAAGACACAGAUGGAGACACAAUGUAAAUAUACCAAACAUACAGAUGCGCACUGAAAAAAACGAUGGGAACGAUUUAUGUGACUACUGUUAUGUGACUACGGAUACCCAUGCGCUAACCAACAGUAACGGUUGGGAAACCACUCAAACAACCGAAAAAGUGGAUAAGACUUCUCAACCAAACACCUGCGGCCAUUUAGGACGUGGUCAGAAUGGCGAAUCAAUUCACAGUGAAGACAAGUGUGCAAUUUGUUUGAAAUAUGCCUCACUUUUCGACAGGUCGAAAGAGGAAAUAAACGAACCAUGAACGGUCUAUGCUAACCAA